CUUGAACCAAGAUACUCGCUCGCGACCUCAAUCUCACUCACCAAACCCAAGCACCCACCACCCACCGCAACCAUGGCUCGUCAAUUCUUCGUCGGCGGUAACUUCAAGAUGAACGGCACCAUCUCCGGCAUCAAAGACAUCAUCCACCACCUCAACGACGCCAAACUCGACCCCAACACCGAAGUCGUCGUCUCCCCACCCGCCCUCUACCUCCUCCUCGCCCGCGAGCACCUUCGCUCCGGCAUCGAAGUCGCCGCUCAAAACGUCUUUGACAAGCCCAACGGCGCUUUCACCGGUGAGAUUUCAGUCUCGCAGUUGAAGGACUCCAACAUCACGUGGGCGAUCUUGGGACACUCGGAGCGGAGGACCAUCAUCAAGGAGAGUGACGACUUCAUCGCGAGCAAGACGAAGACUGCCCUCGACGGAGGACUCGGUGUGAUUCUUUGCUGUGGUGAGACGUUGGAACAGAGGGAAGCCAACAAGACGAAGGAAGUCGUCCUCUCUCAACUCGCGGCCGUGUCAAAGGUGACGCAGGAUUGGAAGAACAUCGUCGUGGCCUACGAGCCGGUAUGGGCGAUUGGAACGGGUAAAGUCGCGAGUGAAGAGCAGGCGGAGGAGGUGCACAAGUGGAUUCGGGAGUGGAUUGAGAAGGAGCUGGGCAAGGAGGCGGCGGAGAAGACGAGGAUCAUCUAUGGAGGGAGUGUCAACGAGAAGAACGCGAGCAGUUUGGCGAAGCAGAGCAAUAUUGAUGGGUUCCUUGUGGGAGGCGCGAGUUUGAAGCCGGCGUUUGUGGAGAUUAUCAAUGCUAAGCAGGCGUGAAUCUCGAACAGAUUGUGAAUAUGGUGUCGUGGGUGGGAAGGAGAGAGAGGGAGGUUAUGUACAACCUCGCUCGAUCGGGAGGGGUUGGCUGCCAAAAGCAAUGCCACAGAGAUGAAUGGAAAAUGAAAUCUUGCUCUCACUCAGAAGUCCAUCCCAAAAUACCUCGAGAAAUUGAUGAGUGCUUUCCUCUUCCUGC